UCACAAGAGCUCAUGGAUCCAGAAGCUGGAACUAAUAGGACAGCUGUUGCUGAGUUCAUUCUACUGGGCUUAGUGGAAACAGAAAAACUACAGUCUCUGGUCUUUGUACUCUUCCUCUUGGCCUACCUGGUCACAGUUGGUGGCAACCUCAGCAUUCUGGCAGCCAUCCUGGUGGAGCCCAAACUCCACACCCCCAUGUACUUCUUUCUGGGGAAUCUAUCAGUGCUGGACGUUGGAUGUAUCACUGUCACUGUUCCUCCCAUGUUGGGUCGUCUCCUGUCCCACAAGUGUACAGUUUCCUAUGAUGCAUGUCUCACUCAGCUCUUCUUCUUCCACCUUCUGGCUGGUAUGGACUGCUUCCUGUUGACUGCCAUGGCCUAUGACCGAUUCCUGGCCAUUUGCCGGCCCCUCACCUACAGCACCCGCAUGAGCCAGACAGUUCAGAGGAUGUUGGUAGCUGGACCCUGGGCAUGUGCCUUCACCAAUGCACUGACGCACACUAUAGCCAUAUCCACACUCAACUUCUGUGGCCCCAAUGUGAUCAAUCAUUUCUACUGUGACCUCCCACAGCUCUUCCAGCUCUCCUGCUCUAGCACCCAACUCAAUGAGCUGCUGCUCUUUGUAGCAGCAGCCUUCAUGGCUGUCUCCCCCUUGGUCCUCAUCACUGUGUCCUAUGCCCAUGUGGUGGCUGCUGUGCUACGAAUCCGCUCUGCCGAAGGAAGGAAGAAGGCCUUCUCUACAUGUGGCUCCCACCUCACUGUGGUGGGCAUCUUCUAUGGAACAGGAGUCUUCAGCUACAUGAGGCUCAGUUCAAUAGAAUCUUCAGAUAAGGAUAAAGGGGUUGGGGUUUUCAUGACUGUCAUCAACCCAAUGCUGAACCCACUUAUCUACAGUCUCAGAAACCCUGAUGUACAAGGUGCUCUUUGUCAGGUACUUGUGGGAAGACGAUUACUGACCUGA